CGGUUCCAGCCGGUUAAAAAACAAUUAAACUGUUCCACCAGAAAUGAAAUUUCUGUACCGAUGAUAUAUACACACACGAAUAGACAAGGAUAACAUCACUUACCAAACAAUAUCAAAUGCAAACACAGCACAUGCAACAACAACACCACCACCAUUUCGUGCUUGUCCACGGAUCAUGUCAUGGAGCAUGGUGCUGGUUCAAGCUGGCGGGAAAGCUCAAGGCCAAUGGUCAACGAGUGACAGCUAUUGAACUUGGUGGGUCCGGUAUCGACGAGAGGCGGCUCGACGAGGUUCGUUCUGUCUCCGAGUAUCUAGAGCCUUUGAUGAGUUUCAUGGAGUCUCUUCCUGAGGAAGAGAAGGUGGUCCUUGUUGGUCAUAGCUAUGGUGGCAUUGGAACUUCUCUCGCUAUGGAAAGGUUUCCGACCAAAAUCUCUGUCGGAAUCUUCAUCUCUGCUUAUAUGCCACACCAUGAGUCUCCCCCUUCCGUUCUCAUUCAAGAGUAUUUCAAACGUCUCCCUGAUGGAUUCGCCAUGGAUUGUGAGUUUACAUUCGAGGAAGGACCAGGACAGCCGCCAAGUUCAGUUAUGUUCGGUAAUAGCUUCAUGAAGGAGAAGGCAUAUAGUAAUUGCCAGUCAGAGGAUCUAGAACUAGCCAUGACGUUGGUGAAACCGAGCAGGUUAUACCCAAAGGAAAUGGAAGGUAAAGAUUUGCUGACCAAGGAGAGGUAUGGAUCUGGGAAGAGAGUGUUUAUCGUCUGCGAAGGUGACAACGUGGUUCCAGAGGAGAUUCAGAGGUGGAUGAUUAGUAACUACGAACCUAAUGAAGUGAAAGUGGUCGAAGAAGCUGGUCACAUGGCUAUGAUCACCAAGCCUCAACAGCUUUCUCUACUGCUACAGGAAAUAGCAGCAAAAUACAACUGAUAAAGUGUAACAUUGUAUUGAGUUUGAGUAUCCUGAAAUUUUAAAGCUAUCCCCUCUGGAGUGUGUAUCUCUAACGCUUUGUUAUAUUUAUGAUAUGAAUAAGAGCGCUUGUGAUUCUUGAUA